UAAAAAUUAAGCCAAAAAAAUCUAUUUUGAAAGGAGAAGAACUUAAAAAGUCGCCUCGGUGCGAAUUAAAACCACAUACAAUUGAGGUGGUAAUGAGAAAGAAAUCUCGACCUUACUGGAAAAGGCAGAGGAAGAAAAAUGAAACAAGGGAUGCUCACGAUCCCACUUAAAAUAGAAAAUAAAAUAAAAAUAACGUCGUGUCGCGACAUUAAAUCAAGCGCUUCUUGGGAGGCAACCCAAGUUUUUAUUUUUAAUUUCAUAUUUUUUCAGUUGUGUGUGUUAUAAUUUAAAAAAAAAAAAAUAGCCUGGGCUGAAACCCGACCGGGUAUCUCAAACACCCCGGUCAGGUUUAUUAAUAAAAAAAGAAUAUCCGGGCAACACGGCCACCGGGUUGCUAACUAAAACAAAAAGAGCAUAUGCCUGACCGGGGGCUUCCAAAACCCGACCAGGUCUCCGCAUAUUUUUGGCUCUGAACACACUGGAAUGCAUACCCAUUCGGGUAUUUCUGAAACUCGGGCGGGUACACAUUUAAUUUUUAAAAAAUCAGCAAGACCCGACCGGGUACCCUAACGCACCCGACCGGAUAGUCGUUCCAGUAGCCACUGGAUAAGAAAAACCACAGAGCCCGACCGGGCGGAAGACCUCACCCGACCGGGUAAACUGGGAAUUCGCACUUAACCUAGUCGGGCGACCAACUCCCCAGCCCACUUCAUCUUCCUCCCCACGAAAAAAAUCCUCAAAACCCUCCAUUUUUACACACCAAAACCUUCGAUUCUACACCAUUUCUCCACCAAAUCCACUAAAUAACACCAUAAUCUUCAUCUCCUCAAUCUUCUCAACACAGCCAUACCCAUAAAAUCCCAUUUUCUUCCCCAUUUGCAAAAAUCCGAAACCCUAACCCCAUCCCCCAAAGUUCCGAUUUUUCUACUAAAAAUCCCAAGAAAUCCCAAUUUCUUCUCCUAAUAAUCAUUCUCUCCACUCUCACAACCCCAAAAUACCCAAGACCCACCAAAAUCCCAAAGUUCCAAACCCCACCCUACCCAAGUCCGAAAAUCACUCAAGAAAAAAACCCAAAAAAGGGGACUUCAAUGGCUCCAAGAAAGUCAAAAGCUUCUUCCUCAAGGGGAAAUCGAGCUAUCCCACCGGUAGCGGGCUAUGAGAGCGUGGAGUUUGCUAUGGAGGCUCAACGGAAAAACUUCAUCAACCAAGCAAAGAGGGAGGUAAAACAAUCCCGUUUUAUGUGCUUAACUACUUUAGCACUACUAUGGAUUGAUACUGUGAUGCGUGACAUAUUUGCAAGAAUUGGAAUAUCUAGAAUGUUUGAAAUGCAAUAUGUGACAUAUCCUCAUUUGGUGUAUGAAUUUUUUAGCUCAUUUGCGUAUACAAAAGAUGUGAAUGAUCAUGCAAAUGACAUAAUCACCUUUCGUUUACUAAAUGAGGAUCGUUCAUUAACCAAAAGAGAAUUUGUUCAACAUUUUGGUCUCCCAUGGUUUGAUGAAGCACGUACAUAUGAUUCUCUUGUGGGGUAUGAAUUGUGGAGAAGAAUGACCGGAAAGAAUGUGGUUGAUCUAUCUAAACUGAGUGUGAAUCGUGUGCAACAUCCGGUCUUCCGACUAUUCUUAAAAUUUUGCUCAAAUUGUUUUCUCGGAAGACCGAAUAAUCAUCACACACGUAUCUGGGAUGUGUGUGUUCUAGCACAAGCUGUUUUGCCGGGCCCAGAUCAAGUUGAUGUUGCCACCAUCUUAUGGACUCAUUUCAACAACGUGGCAACAUCAACAGGACCAAUUGCUAUGGGGGGCCUAAUCACACAUCUAGCCACUUUAUAUGGUUUUAUAGACCCCGACCCCAUCACCUCAAGACAACUUAUUUGCACUGAGUGGCUUUUACAAAAGACGCUAGACUUGGUCCCCUCGCACACAACACCAACUGGGGCACACAUCUAUAAUUGGCGCAUUCUCCCACGCACUUCCAUCUACCUCUAGAUACCCUCGGCCGACGUCCCCCUGGAUAUCAUCAAUCACCAAAUCGGGGAUGGUCAUCACUAUUGUCUUCCCAGGGCAAUCCAGGAUCAUUAUGAAGAAUCCAUCCAAGAUGAAGAUGAUGAAGAACCCUCAAUCAUACCCGAACAACCACAACCUCAAGCAUUCCACUACACACCUUUCGAGCAACAAAUGCUCGAUAACAUGGUCACGCUCAACCAGAGCAUUGAGAGGAUGGAGGACCAGCGGCAAGCAGACUGGCGUAGGUAUGAGGAGGACAGGCGGAGAUCUGAGGAGGAUCAGCGUAGGACCUAUGGCGCUUUAUAUUCCUAUGUGGCACAUCAGAGUGGAUUUGCAUCUAUGGCAAAUCCCCCUCCCGCACCCUCUUGGUACGAUCCGACUACAUGGGGGUAUUUUGGAGACUCGAGUUCCGGUGGUGGAGGCGAUGAUGGUGGAUAUGACGGGGACCACAUGGAUGAAGACAGACACCACGGUGGAGGUAUGGGCGGGCACUAGGGACAGUGCCAGGUACUAAGUGUGGUGGUGUUGAGAUUAUUCUGGAUCCUGAGGGUGAUUACUAUAGAGAGUUCGUCGGAUGAGGAAAUUGAAAUUGAAUACCCAUCUUUACUCUUUUGGUUUUGGAGAUACUUUAUGUAUUUGUUAUAAACACUUGUGGAUGUUGGUGUUGCUACUCUUGUCAAUUAAGGACUUCUUGGACAGAAUUUGUUUUACUCGAGACGAGUAAAAAUUCAAGUGUGAGGGUGUUUGAUAUGCACUAGUUUAUAGUGCAUAAAUGUAUGUUUUUAUAUUGAUUGGGUGUGGAUUUUCCAUCUCUUUUAGUUAGUUUGUAAGUACUUGUUUUAUUUUGUUUGUAAUUGUUUUCUCCUUCUUUUCGUAGUUAUAGAAUAGUGAUAGAAUUUGUAGCAAGGAAAAGGGGAGAAAAGGUGAAGACAAAAAUACCCAGGAGCACAAAAACCCGACCGGGUCAGACCUUGAACCCGGUCGGGUCAGUUGAAGACCGGAUCUAAGAAGAAAAAAAUAAGACCGGUCGGGUCCCUUACUCGACCCGGUCGGGUCAGAUAUGACCCGGAACACCAGAACAUGCUGAAGAUCAC